GAAAGAGGUUGGUAAGAAAAAAAGAAGAUGGAGAAGCAAAUGGUGAAGGAAACAAAAGAAUGUGAAUCAGAUAGUAAAGGAAGCAUAGAAGGGCUUGCAUUUGAGGAUAGUCCAUACCUGAAAUACAAAGACUUGGAAGAUUAUAAAUGUCAAGGUUAUGGUACACAAGGUCAUCAACAACCAAAGGAAGGUCGUGGACCUGGUGCAACUGAGGCACCUACUCUUUCUGGUGCUAAUGUUUCCUCUCAAGCACAGUUUCAUGCUGCUGAUGCUGUUAAUCGCAAAGGAGUCCCUUAAGAUUUUCUUAUUACAUUAUGUUUUCUAAAUUGUACUCACUUGUUUUGCUUGUAUAACACAUUUUGGAUGUUCUGUUUACAAAUUUAGAGUCUUUUUUAAUUGAUUAUACCAUUGUAAAGGAUAAUACUUAGAAACGUACAAAUUUAAUUGAACUCAUAAUUGUCAAUCUUUAUUGGUACAAACUAAAUAAU